AUGCCGUUGCGACAGACCAUUGGCCAGCCGAGAACACUAUGCCGAAUGCGAGCAUCUUCGUCCCCUGCUUCGAGCUCUUCGAUGCUUUCGGACCACUCCCAGACUUGCAAUCCGACGAUAUGGAAGAGAACCUGGCCGACUCUGGUCCAUGUCCUGCGCGAAAUAGAGAGCCUCAGCCAUCCAGGUGUUGACUAUGAUGCAUCGGAUUCAGAACCUGCUCCGCAAGAUGCCCUCCUCUAG